CCCGCUCUGGCUCAGCCUAGGACGGAGCCUCAGAUCAGGGGACACCUGUAGCCUUGAAUUUUAACCUCAGCGAUGGGAAAACUUGAAAAUGCUUCCUGGAUUUACGAUCCUCUCCUGAAGUACCUGAACAGCACAGAGGAGUACCUGGCUCACGUCUGCGGACCCCGACGCAGCCACCUCUCCCUCCCGGUGUCUGUGGUCUAUGCGCUGAUCUUCGUGGUAGGGGUGACGGGUAAUCUUCUGGUGUGCCUGGUGAUCCUCCGACAUCAGACCUUGAAGACACCCACCAACUACUACCUCUUCAGCCUGGCCAUCUCAGACCUGCUGGUCCUGCUAUUUGGGAUGCCUCUGGAGGUCUAUGAGAUGUGGCACAAUUACCCCUUCCUGUUCGGGCCGGUGGGCUGCUACUUCAAGACCGCCCUCUUCGAGACUGUGUGCUUUGCCUCCAUUCUUAGCGUCACCACAGUUAGCAUAGAACGCUACGUGGCCAUCGUCCACCCGUUCCGAGCCAAGCUGGAGAGCACGCGGCGGCGGGCCCUCAGAAUCCUCAGCCUCGUCUGGGGCUUCUCGGUGAUCUUUUCUUUGCCCAACACCAGCAUCCAUGGCAUCAAGUUCCAGUACUUUCCCAACGGGUCCUCCGUGCCCGGCUCUGACACCUGCACAGUCACCAAGCCCAUGUGGGUGUACAACUUCAUCAUCCAAGCCACCUCAUUCCUCUUCUACGUCCUCCCGAUGACCCUCAUCAGCAUCCUCUACUACCUCAUGGGACUCAGACUGAAGAGAGAUGAAUCCCUUGAGGCAGACAAACUGACUGUGAGCAUUCACAGACCCUCCAGAAAAUCAGUCACCAAGAUGCUGUUUGUCUUGGUCCUCGUGUUUGCUAUCUGCUGGACCCCUUUCCAUGUGGACCGGCUCUUCUUUAGCUUUGUGGAGGAGUGGACUGAGUCCCUGGCUGCUGUGUUCAAUCUCAUCCAUGUGGUAUCAGGUGUCUUCUUCUACCUGAGCUCAGCCGUCAACCCCAUUAUCUAUAACCUCUUGUCAAGACGCUUCCGGGCGGCCUUCCGGAAUGUCAUCUCUUCUUCCUGCAAGUGGUGCCGUUCCCAGGAUCUCCCACCAGGACCUCCGGCCCAGAAGAUCAUCUUCUUGACAGAAUGCCACCUUGUGGAGUUGACGGAGGAGACAGGCCCCCAGUUCCCCUGUCAGUCAUCUGUCUACAACUCACACCUCUCCGCAGCGCCCUGUUCUGGACAGGGUCCAUGA